UGGGGCCGGGGCGGCAGCUGUCGGGGGAAGAAGGGUGGCUUUGUGGCGGCAGUGCCUGGCAGAGCCCCGGCCCGUCCCUCUGUGCAUUGUGCACCCAGUGCCUGGCACCCAGCGUGGGGCAGCAUGGGCGCCCCCCGAGACGGGGGCAGCAGCAGGGGGUCCCGCUGCCUUCCCUUGGGGGAUGUGGGGACUGUCCCCAGCCCCUGCGGCCGGGGACAGCCUUGAUGCCGAGGGCUGCGUUUGGGGGGACGGGGCUGCCCUGGGCUCCCCCACUGAGUGACCAUUUGCUCUGCUCUGCUUGUGUUGCAGGGAAGUCACCGUCCCUGAUGGGAGACAGCGUUGUCCCCCCCACCUCGCCGCUCCCCUCGCCUGGGGAUGCCCUGCAGGGAGAGCACACCCCCCCGCAGCGGGACCGACCUGUCCCUCCAGCCCUCAUCCCCUCCGGACAGCCCGUCUCGCCCGUCCCUCCAGCUGUCACCCCCUCCGAAAAGACCCUCUCACCCGUCCCUGCAGCCGUCACCCCCCCCAAGCAGCCCGUCUGCCCCCCAGCUGUGAUGGCCCCCCCCGAGAGCAGCACCCCACAGCGGGACCAACCCGGCCCUCCAGCCACAUUGCCACCAGGACAGCCCGUCUCCCCCAUCCCUGCAGCCGUGGCCCCCUCGGCAGAGAGUGUCCCCCCCUGGUGUGACCGGUCCCCUCCCGGGCCCCCCAGGCCAGCUGUGACGGAGCACCCCAAAGAAGAGGCAUCGCCCCACGCCGCUGGCCAGGGCAUCCCUGCUGCUGCUGCCCCUUGCCCGGCAGAGACGCUGCCCCGCGGGAUUGACCCCCCAGCCCCUGCUGCUGGCGAAGGGGCCCCCUCCGAUGCCAAAAGCCCCCUGGGUGGCACAGCCGGGCCCUCGAAGGACGUGCUGCCCCGCAGUGACCGCCCAGCCCCAGCUGCAGCCUCACCAGCUCCGGCCACCAGCCCCAGACCCAAGCAAGAUGCCCAGAAAGCCCAGGCGAGGCACAAGCAGGCGAAGGAGCGGCGCGAGGAGCGGGCCAAGUACCUGGCUGCCAAGCGGGUGCUGUGGCUGGAGAAGGAGGAGAAGGCCCGGCUGCUGCGGGAGAAGCAGCUGGAGGAGCGCCGCAAGCGCCUGGAGGAGCAGCGGCUGAAGGCUGAGAAGCGCCGCGCCGUCCUGGAGGAGCGGCAGAGGCAGAAGCUGGAGAAGAACAAGGAGCGCUACGAGGCGGCGAUCCAGCGGUCGGCCAAGAAGACGUGGGCAGAGAUCCGGCAGCAGCGGUGGUCCUGGGCUGGGGCCCUGCACCACGGCUCCCCCGCGCACAAGGAUGGUGCGAGCCGGUGCUCGGUGUCCGCUGUAAACCUCCCCAAACACGUCGACUCUAUAAUCAACAAGCGGCUCUCCAAAUCCUCCGCCACCCUCUGGAACUCUCCCAGUAGAAACCGGAGCUUGCAGCUGAGCCCCUGGGAGAGCAGCAUCGUGGACCGGCUGAUGACGCCCACCCUGUCCUUCCUGGCACGCAGCCGGAGCGCCGUGACGCUGGCUGGGAAUGGCAAGGAGCAGGUGCCCGUGUGCCCCCGCUCUGCCUCCGCCAGCCCCCUCAGCCCCUGCCACAACCACCGCCUGCAGCACCGCUGCUGGGACAGGCGGAAGGGGACCACCAGCAGCCCCGAUGUGACACCGCGCCGCAGGACCGAGUCCUCACCUAAGAAGAAGGAGAAGAAGGAGAAGGAGCGGGAGAACGCCAAGGAGCGCAGUGCCCUGUCCCGCGAGCGCAGCCUCAAGAAGCGGCAGUCGCUGCCGGCGGCACAGCCCCGGCUCCUGCCCGCAGCCGACAGCAGCCCCGGCCCCAAGAACCGUCCCUCAUCCCCUGCCACCCCCAAAGCCCGUCCGGCGUCCCCCAGCCCGGCCCACGGCUCCCCCCACAAGCCGCCCCUGCCCCGCAGCACCCACUCCUCUCCCAAGGUGCGGGCCAGGGCCCGGGAGGAGCGGGGGGAGCAGGAGGGCCAGGCAAAGGCACGCGAGAAGAAGGAGGAGGAGCGGGGCCCGGCCCCCCAGACCCUCCCCGAGCCCCCCAAGGUGCCCACAGAGCCAACAGCAGCCCCCACAGCCCCUGUGGUCCCUGCAGCCCCUGGCCCCGCACCAUCCACCCCCCCAGGCAGACCUCCAGCUGGCACCACAGACCGGGAGGAGGCUGCCCGGCUGCUGUCAGAGAAGCGGCGCCAGGCCCGCGAGCAGCGGGAGCGCGAGGAGCGGGAGCGCCGGGAGCAGGAGGAGCGGGAGAGGCGGCUGCAGGAGGAGCGGGCGCAGCAGGCGGCGGAGGAGCAGACCCGCAGGGAGGCCAUGGCGCGGCGGCAGGAGGAGGAACGGCGCCCGGCCCAUGGCUCCCCCCACAAGCCGCCCCUGCCCCGCAGCACCCACUCCUCUCCCAAGGUGCGGGCCAGGGCCCGGGAGGAGCGGGGGGAGCAGGAGGGCCAGGCAAAGGCACGCGAGAAGAAGGAGGAGGAGCGGGGCCCGGCCCCCCAGACCCUCCCCGAGCCCCCCAAGGUGCCCACAGAGCCAACAGCAGCCCCCACAGCCCCUGUGGCCUCUGCAGCCCCUGGCCCCGCACCAUCCACCCCCCCAGGCAGACCUCCAGCUGGCACCACAGACCGGGAGGAGGCUGCCCGGCUGCUGUCAGAGAAGCGGCGCCAGGCCCGCGAGCAGCGGGAGCGCGAGGAGCGGGAGCGCCGGGAGCAGGAGGAGCGGGAGAGGCGGCUGCAGGAGGAGCGGGCGCAGCAGGCGGCGGAGGAGCAGACCCGCAGGGAGGCCAUGGCGCGGCGGCAGGAGGAGGAACGGCGGCUGCAGGAGGAGCGCGAGGCCCAGGAGAAGGCACGGGCCGAGCGGGAGGAGACGGAGCGGCUGCAGAGACAGAGGGAAGAGGCCGAGGCCAGGGCACGCGAAGAGGCUGAGCGGCAGCGCCUGGAGCGGGAGAAGCAUUUCCAGCGUGAGGAGCAGGAGCGGCUGGAGAGGAAGAAGCGCCUGGAGGAGAUCAUGAAGAGGACACGCAAGUCGGACACGGCAGAUGCCAAGAAGAAGGAGGACAAGAAGGUGGUGAAUGGGAAAGCGGCCGAGCAGGAGGAUGUCCCAGGCCGCGAGAAGCGUGCGGGGCCGAUGCCGAAGGAGGAGGAACUCCCUGAGACGGAGACGCCGAGCAUGGGGACUCCGGGGGGGCCGAAGGGCCUGGCAGGCGAGGGGCUGCAGCCAAGCUCCCCGGCCAAAGAGGUGGUGUCCCCGGCGUCGCUGGUGAACGGCGUGCAGCCCAGCAAGCACGAGAACGGCUUCUCGGGCACGGAGGGGUCGCAGGAGCUGCUGGAGCUCUCCCACCACGGCACCAGCCCCGGCAGCAUCAUCCCCUUCGGUGACAAGGAGCCUUUCCUCAAGCAGGCCGUGGUCAAGCCCCCCCAGGUGACAGAGGUGCUGUGAGGGCCAGGCCCCGGCAGACGUCCCCGUGGGGCCCCCGCACACGUCCCGACUCCGGACACCCGCGCAAAACCGUAGCUGUUGUCGGAAGAAAAACCUCACUGCUCCCCCCUGCCCGCCCACGGGGGGCCCGGGCGCUGUUGGGACCCCGGCGAGGCGGCCGCCAGCCCCCUGCGGGGACACCUGGUUUCUCUCUUCGUUCUUGUUUUUAUUUCAUUUUGGUUUUUUGUUUUUUUUUUUAAAUAUGCACCUUAUCAGACUGACACUCCCACCCUAGCAGCCUGCCAGAGCCGCCCCAAGACGUGUGGUGUAAUAAUGUAGUUAUUUAACUUGCUGGGUACAAUGUAUGUGAAUACUGUAAAUAGAGCUCGGCCAGACACCGGGGCCGCCCGCCCGGCCGGGCCCUGCGAGGG